AUGUGGCAACAGAAGUUCGACCAGGGCCUUCAAAUGACCUACUACGUCAAUUCGGAUGACGGCCAGGUCUCCUUUGACCUACCCUGUGAGGUCCACCAGAAGAAGAAGAGCAAAGAGAACCUUCUUCAGCGCAUCACCUCGGCUCUUUCCCUAAGGCGCUCCAAAUCAGAGGAGUGCCCAAUCUCCAAGAACGAAGAGGAGACUUACACCACUGCGGCCACCAGCCUUCAAAACUCGCCUGAACCAAAGGAGGAGCCUUCACUGCCCAUCAACAUGAGCAGGGUUCCCAGUGAAAGCUAUCUUUUGGAAAAGGCAUUCAACCUACAUCCCCAUGAAGGCGAUGUGGCCAGCAUAUCCUCUGACGAGCUGAUUCAGAGUUUCUACUCCGACAUUGUCGCCAACGAUGUUUACUACGACUACGCCCGUCUGGUUUACUGUGACGGUGACUCGGAAGAAAAGGAACAAGGUUUCUUCAACGAGGACUACGAAAAAGAGCUCGAAAGAGAGGAGCUUCGGCUUCAGAUGAUCAAGGAAUUGUAUUGA